UGAAAAUGGCUAAGGCUGUAGCAUUCGUCGCCUCUGCUCUCUGCCUCUUGGCUCUGUCUGGAUUGGCCCAUGGCGCGGAGAAAAAAGACAGCAAGUUCACCAUCGAAGGCAAGGUGUACUGCGACCCAUGUCGCGUUCAGUUUGUCACCAAGUUGAGUAAAUUCCUUGAAGGUGCGGAAGUGAUUCUGGAAUGCAGAAAUGCGGAGACCGGAAAUGUGACAUACUCCGUUAAAGGGAUAUCUGGCAAAGAUGGGAACUACAAUCUAAAGGCUGAAGGAGAUCACGGUGACGAGAUUUGUGAGAUGGCAGUGGUGUCAAGCCCCCAACCUGACACCUGCGGUGAAGCCAUGGAUGAAGUAGCCCCGGUCACCCUCAGCGAUAUUCAAUCAAACUCCGAUAUUCGCUACGCCAACUACAUCGGCUUCAUGAAGAAGGACCCCGAUGCCGAGUGCACCCAAAUGCUCGAGGAGUUGGGUAUCUACCCUGAUGAUCCUGAUGAGGAUGAAGAAAUUGAAGGACCUGCUCCUGAAGGAUCUGUUCCUGAAGGAUCUGCUCCUGAAGAACCAGCAGCACCUGCUAAUUAAAUUAAAUAAGCUAGGCACAUUAAUUCCAUGCAUGUAUAAUGUAUUUGGCAUUUGCAUAAUAACUUCUCUUGCAUAUAUCAAAAUUAAUGGUAAUUUAAUUGCUAUAUUUGCAAUUAUAUUGACAAGAAGUACUUGAAUUGAUAAAUCCACUAAAUGAAUGUUUUGGCCAUAAUUUUC